UUGCUAAAUUAACAAUGGAAACAUGUUUCGUGAGACCUGAUUGGUUAAAACAAUUUGCUCAUUUUAGUGUUUUAUAUUCUUUACAUUACAUUCUUUUUCUCUCCCCAGAGAUGAAUAAUAACGUGAUGCCCGCAAGAGACUCUGGUAGUCAAAAAAACACUGAUAUUAUUUGUGCAAUGACCGGUGAGGUACGAGUGCAAACUGACCUUCACCACUGCUCAGACUGUGGGAAGAGUUUUUCUCAUUGGAGUAUGCUCCAAAGACACCGGCGUGUUCACACAGGAGAGAAGCCGUACAAUUGCUCAGAUUGUGGGAAGAGUUUCUCACAGCUCAUCACUCUCCAGUUACACCAGCGUGUUCACACUGGGGAGAAGCCGUACGACUGCUCGACGUGUGGAAAGCGCUUUGCCCGGCUGAGCAACUUCCACCAACAUCGAAGAAUCCACACAGGAGAGAAACCGUUUAUCUGUGUUCAGUGUGGGGCGAAAUUUACUCACAAGGGCAACCUCAGAACACACCAGCGCAUCCAUACUGGAGAGAAGCCCUAUCACUGCUCGGAGUGUGGAAAGAGUUUCGCGGAUGUUAGUAAUUUCCUACAACAUCAACGAACCCACACAGUAGAAAAGUCUUUUCACUGCUCACAAUGUGGAAAGAGUUUUAAUUUGCAGCGUACUCUCCAACACCACCAGUACCUUCACACUGGAGAAAAACCGUACCACUGCUCGCAAUGCGGGAAAAGUUUCAAUCAUAAGAGGACUCUCACACGACAUCACAGUAUCCAUUCAGGAGAGAAGCCGUACCGCUGCUCGCAGUGCGGGAAGAGUUUUAACCGGGAGAGUAAUUUCCAAACGCACCAGCGCAUCCACACCGGAGAGAAACCGUACAGCUGCUCACACUGUGGAAAGAGUUUUAACCAACACGGUGCCCUCAAAGCACACCAGCGCAUUCACACAGGAGAAAGGCCGUAUCGCUGCUCAGAGUGCGGGAAGUGUUUUAAUCAGAAGGACACUCUAAGACAUCACCAGCACAUUCACACUGGAGAGAGGCCGUACCAGUGCUCAGAGUGCGGGAGGAGUUUCACUCACCCGAGUACGCUCCAAAGACACCGGCGUGUUCACACGAGAGAAAAACUUUACAUUUGCUCAAAUUGUGGAAAGAGCUGUGCUUCCCAGAGUAAACUCCAAAUCCACCAGCGCACUCACACCGGAGAGAAGCCGUAUCACUGCUCGGAGUGUGGGAAACGGUUUAACUGCAAAAGCGCUCUCCGACGACACCAUCGCGUUCACACUGGAGAGAAACCCUAUCAGUGCUUGCAGUGUGGGAAGAGCUUUAACUGCACAUCUACUCUCGGAAGACACCAGCGCAUUCACACAGGAGAGAAGCCGUAUCAGUGCUCAGACUGCGAGAAGAGUUUUCCUCGACUGAGCUCUUUACAAGAACACCAACGGAUUCACACCGGAGAGAAACCGUUCGUCUGCUUACAGUGCGGGAGGCGUUUUUCUCAGAGGGGUAAUCUCAGAACACACCUGAGACUUCAUACGGGAGAGAAGCCGUAUCGCUGCUCGCAGUGUGGAGAGAGCUUUAAACACAAGACAACUUUCCAGGAACACCAGACUGUUCACUCAGGAGAGAGGCUGUAUCAUUGCUCACAGUGUGGAAAGAGUUUUAACCGAGAGAGUCAUUUUCAAAUACACCAGAACGUUCACACUGGAGAGAAGCCGUAUCUCUGCUCAGGAUGUGGGAAGAGCUUCUCUCGACCAACUACUCUCCGAAACCAUCAGCGUAUUCAUACCGGACAGAAGCCCUAUCAGUGUUCACAUUGUGGAAAGAGCUUUACUCAACAAAGUACUCUUCAAAACCACCAGCGCGUUCACACGGGACAGAAGCCGUAUCACUGUCUGCAGUGCGGGAAGAGAUUCGGUCUGUCGAACGCUCUCCAAAGACACCAACGCACUCACACUGGGGAGAAGCCGCAUCGCUGCUCACACUGUGGAAAGAGUUUCAAUCAAAGAAGUCAUCUCCGAACACACCAGCGUAUUCACAGGCGGACGGUUUGGAAAAAGAUUUGCCGUCAAGGGACUCCUGAGGAUGCUCUAUAGAGGACAGAUCAAAAAGUGUUGUGUGUGUGCUUUUCUUACUAUAUUAUUGUACCUCUCCAGGUUUUAGUUUUUGGACUGAUUGAACUUGAAAUCUGUUGGAUGCAUUAAUUGAUACUGAUGGCUCUGGAUAUAUGUGAUUCUGUAAAAGUAAAUAUAAAAGCUGCUUAACUG